GCGUUGUGGACGACGUCACGAGCAAAAACAAGGACCACCACAACAUGGAUGUAGCUAAUAUAUCAACAAGCGAUUGUUGAAAAGCUAGCUCGCCUUUGCUUAAACUAAACAGUCGUUACUCUUGGAAUCCAUUAAUAAAUGGUUAAAUAGAUCAUUAACACGUUAGGCUCGACUAUGGUUUAUAUAAUUCGUAGAGACGUACGGGUUGUUGACGGUUUGACGCCGUUAACGUCAGUUAGCAUAACGUUACGAAUGCUACCUUAGCUAAAGCUGAAGAGUCCCAGUAAAUGACAUUUUAAAUUAACAAGGCAUUUCGUGAAAAGAUCGUUGGGCAUCAUUAGUCCAGCUUUUUAACGUUUAUAGUUUUAUGAAUAUCCAUAAAUUAAAGUAUUAGCUACUCAUUAUCUGAAACACCCACAACAACAAGUGGAUGUAUAGUUGGAUAGACUGCUCAACGUCUAUGGUGUACACAGCCUUAACAGCCUGUGAUAGCAUUUCACAAGACUAGCUAACGCUAAACAUAAAGUCCUCUAAAGACACCGACAGUCUAUCAUGUCGGACCUGGACACCCUCGUGGUAACGUUCCAGACCCAGCUCUUGGAUGUGAUGGAGACUGUGGUGAAGACAGCCAUGUACGAGGUCACCAGGUUAGUGGAGGAUGGCUUGUUGGAGGAGGUGCAGCGCAGGAACCGGGAGGUGGAGUCCCUGAGGAUGCAGCUGCAACGGGCCGAGAGGAAAUUAAGUGACCAAGGGGGGAAAGAAGGAGGGAAAACUGGCAGGUGUGUCCACUGUGCCAAGGAUGAUGUGGAACUGUCCACUCACAGUGCAAAAGAAAGGCCCACUGAACAGCAGGAUGACAUUUUGGGGGGCUGUGGUGUGAAAGAAGAGGGUGACUAUGUGGAAAGGUGGACAAUAAGCCGUACGCAGGAUGUCAUACCAGAGUCAACACAGGGAGCAGACAAUGCUGCAUCCACUCUCAGCCUGGAGAGGAAGUCACAGACAACAGAAGACAAUGUGUUGCCAGCGGAUGUGGAUGGGAAGGAAGAAAAACUGAAUAAGCCGUCUUGUUCUUUUGUCCAUAGCAGCGGUCCCCUUGAGGGUGAAGCAGGACCUGAAUCCCACAGUGAUACUGAGAAGACUGAGGCACAACUAAAACAGACUCAGGAGAACAGUGAAGAAUUAUUGAGGGGUGUUUUUAAGCAAGACCCACAGAUCUCUGCUGCGUAUGUCUUUCCUGAAGACCAGGAGGAAACAUACGUGGCUACAGAUCCAUCGAUGGAGGUGGACAGCUGUUGGCCUCUAACGCAAACAGAACACGAGCGCUCAAACUCUGUCACAGCAGCCGUUCACGUUCCGGCUAUCCCAGGGAGGGAUCAGCUUCUAUCCUCAGCGUCCCCGAAGGCAAGACCGGCAAACGGCGAUGCGUCGGGCGUGACCAUCAAGCGGGAGGUUAUCGUUGAUUCUGAUGAUUGUGUGGAAAGCGAGCCUCAAGAAGAGAAAACAACAAAGUCUGGGAUGGCGUCUUUCUCAUGCUCAGUAAAACAGUGCAGAGUGAGUUCAGAAACACUCAGGCAGAACCACAUUUCCCACAAAGCCACGGCGCACGAGGUUAUGAAGCUGCAUUCCAAAGUGGGCACAGAUGUCAGACUGCAAUCCGCCAUGCAGCACCUCAACAGGCCGAUGAAAAAGGACAGUAGCGCCGCGGCGCCGCCCGUAGCUCGCUCUCAGGGUAUUAACUUAAAUCCCCUCAACAGAACGCCCUCCACAUCUAAAGCCGCUGCUCCCCCACACUCAGCCCAGCGAGUUCAGCCGGGCGAUAAACAAGCCGCAGUGCAUAACCGGACCAAUGCCCCGUGGAUCAGCAUCAAGACCCAUCAGUCGGCAAACUCCCACCCCACCAACCCCUCACCCCAUUCGGACUCUCACCCCCACGCCAGCCCCAGGCACCUCCUGCGCUGUGGCCAAUGCGGGAAGUGCUUCCCCCACCCCAGCAACCUGAAGGCCCACUUGCAGACUCACACAGGCGAGAGGCCUUUCUGCUGCUCGCUCUGCGGCCGCAGCUUCACCAAGCUGAGCAACCUCAAGGCCCACCGGCGGGUCCACACCGGAGAGAGGCCGUACUGCUGCUCGGCGUGCGGCAAACGCUUCACCCAGAAAUGUAACCUGAAGCGCCACCAGAGGAUCCAUCUGGAUGUAUGACGAUGGACAGCCAGAGAUUAAAAGACAACUCUUUUGUGUUUUAGGCUAUAUUUACACUGCUACGUUUCAGUUUCUAAAAGCGAUCUCUGCGGUAACAAGUGUUUUUAACUCCAGUAAAAGAACACAUCUCCAGUUAAACUAACCCAAACAGUAGGGCUGCACGAUUAUGGCCAUAAUGAUAAUCACGAUUAUUUUGAUCAAUACUGAGAUCACGAUUAAUUAUCUCGAUUAUUUGUUGAUUUUAACCAACACAAAUUUUAUAGUCACACAGGCUAUUUA